AUGGACAAGGAAUGGACAAAGAAAAACCCCGCGAGUCUAGAGUAUCAAAACGGUCUUGAUUUUUUUCUAGAUUAUGCAUACACGAAAGGAAAUCCCCGCGGGAAAGAGAUUUUGUGUCCUUGUGCUAAUUGUUACAAUACCAAUUGGUUUGCAAGGAAUGAAGUACGAAAUCAUUUAAUUGCAUUUGGAUUUCAAAAAGGAUAUGAUGUUUGGAUUCGACAUGGUGAGAAGAAACCGAAACCCGAUGAUUUUAAUGAUAAUCAUAUGAAUCACGAAGAGGAUCAAAUUGACGAUAUUGAUGGACUAUUGCAUGAAAGAUUUAGAGAUGUUGUACAAGAAGAAAAUGAAGUAAAUGUAGGCCUUAACGAAGAUGCUAAAAAGUUCUAUAAUCUAGUCGAAGAAGCCAAACAAGAUUUGUAUCCGGGUUGCAAAACCUUCUCUAAAUUGUCGUUCACCAUUCGUCUUUAUUUAUUGAAAUGUCUUUAUGGUUGGAGCAACGUAUCAUUCAAUGCUCUCUUAGAGUUGUUGAGAGAAGCUAUACCUUCAUUGAACAUCCCUGAUACGUUCAGCAAAACCAAAGGCAUGAUAAGAGACUUAGGGUUGGAUUAUAAGAAGAUCGAUGCUUGCCGUAAUGAUUGCAUGAUAUAUUGGAAACAUCACGAGAAUGACACUUCUUGCCAUGUUUGUGGUGCUCCACGGUGGAAUGAAGAUGUAAAAGGAGAUGAUGAAGUUGAAAAUAAUCAUAAGUCUCAUAAAGUUCCUUCAAAAGUUUUAAGGCACUUUCCCUUGAUUCCUAGACUUCAACGAUUGUUUAUGUGCUCAAAAACGGCUAGCUUAAUGAGGUGGCAUGAUGAAGAGCGUUCGAAAGAUGGGAAGUUGAGGCAUCCUGCAGAUGGAGAAGCAUGGAAACAAUUUGAUAAAUGUCAUUCUGAAUUUGCUGACGAGUCGCGUAAUAUAAGACUUGGAUUGGCCAGCGACGGAUUUAAUCCAUUUAGAACCAUGAAUUUGUCUCAUAGUACUUGGCCUGUGCUAUUAAUACCAUAUAAUUUUCCACCUUGGUGGUGCAUGAAGGCUGAGUAUUCUAUGUUGUCUUUAUUAAUCCCUGGACCACGUUCUCCUGGGAAUAACAUUGAUGUGUACCUUCAACCAUUAAUAGAAGAGUUGAAAGUGUUGUGGGAUUUGGGUGUAGAAACAUAUGAUGCAUCACUAAAUCAAACUUUUCAAAUGCGGGCAGCUCUCAUGUGGACUAUUAGUGACUUUCCUGGGUAUGCUAUGUUGAGUGGGUGGAGUACAAAAGGGAAACUAGCAUGUCCUUGUUGUAAUUAUAACACUAAUUCGCUAUAUUUGAAUUAUAGUAAAAAGGUGUGUUAUAUGGAUCAUCGUGUCUUUUUGCCUGAUGAUCAUAAAUAUAGGUCAAAUGCAAGGAAUUUCAAUGGGAACAUAGAAGAUAGGCCACCACCAGAGUUGUUAACUUGGGAAGAAAUCUCGAAGAAACUAGAGGAUGUCAACAAUGCUUUUGGCAGGUUGCAAAAGAAAAGUAAUAACGGUCCAUGGAAGAAAAAAUCAAUAUUUUAUGAGUUACCAUAUUGGAAGCAUAAUAGUUUACGCCACAACCUUGAUGUGAUGCACAUAGAAAAAAAACAUAUUUGA